AUGGCAGACGAUGAUGACUUAGACGCAACAAAGGCGAUGAAAAUAUGUUCCCAGGUGAUUAUGUUCAUCCUGUCUGUAACUCAGCUAGCAAUAGCAUCGAAGUACCGUUAUGACUGUGCACAGCAGCCCGACCUCCCUUCCUUAUUGUUGGCAUUCGGAACCUUGACCCUUUUAAUGGCUGUGUUCGCCACCCUGACCUGCUGCGCCAGACGGGAAAUUUACGACUACUAUUGGAACUUUAUGAUAUGUCUCUUCUUCUUUGGCUGGUUGAUCGGUGGAAUAUCUAUGGUCUACUCUAUUAAGGAGCCAAACGACAACAAGAACAGUACAAGUGUGGAGCCGUACUGCAACAAGACGCUGUACCUGUUCGCCUUUGUGAUGACCACCAUGGUCUACAUCUUAUUGGGCUCGUGCAUGUUGGGCAUCUGCUGCUUCCUCAUCUACAAAUUCAGGCAGUACUAG